UGACAAGCAGCAUGUCUAACAAAUCUGUGUCAGCGCCGGAGCUCUACGUACGGUCAGAGGAAACGCAAACGGAGCCAAGGAAGCACAGGCAUACGAACAUCAUCAUGCCGGCCGAGGACAAUGCUAUCUUAUACGAUCCCAGCUUGAACACUCAUUAUUUGCCAUACGCCGAAUCGAGGUAUGAUCGCAACACCAGUCGCAUGAGCAGACUGUUAACCGAUAGACCCUCGCGGCUGGCCUUCCUCUCCUACGUGUAUGUUCUGUUGGGCGUCCAGGUGGUUCUGUCCACGGGGCAGUGGCUACUCUCGACCUAUCGCUGGCGGCCGCAGCUGAAUGGACCGGAGCGCAACUUUAAUAUGCUUCUGCUGUUGCUGACCUGGAUGAAUCUGACAUUGGCGUUUCUUGGCUUCCGCCGGCUGCAGCUCAUAUAUCCCUUGAACUGGAUCAUCUUCCUGUGCAUGUUCGAGAGCCUCACUCUGCUGAUUAUGUUUCUGUGCGUGCGUGAACUCGACCUGACCUGGUAUAUCAUACUGAUUGGCUUGGCUGUGUUGUUAAUCUAUACACCCCUGGGCCUCUGGAGGCCUCCCUGCUUAACCAUGAACCUAUGGAUUUUGAUAUUUUUAAGCAUCACGGUCUUCCUCACCAGCACUCUAGCCCUGCUCACUGGCCUAGCCAUGCAUUUGUAUCUGCCGCUGACCUUUUGCGUGACGCUAUUCGGACCGUGGGCCAUGUACAAUACGUUUCGAUUGCACGUGAUCUCCCGUGACAGACACUCGAGGUUCGGCUACCUGGAGCAGGCAGCCAAAAUGUACAUAGCUUUCGGCUGCACUGUGGGCGGUUUGGUGGUAGUAAGUCGAAUUGCCAACGACUCCAUUGAGAGCGAGAGCUGCAGGGCCGUGGCGUUUUGCCAUAAGCGGUCGGAUAGCAUCACGUAUGGACCAGGGAAUUGAAUUUAUAAAACAGCAAAUCAGCUUUGCCAGCAAUGUCGCAUACUAUUUUAUUGCUAUAUUCAUUUAGAUAAUUA